AUGGUCAUGAAUCAUGUUCUCCUCAGACAGAAACACUACUCCAAGGUGUACACAGACAUAGCAGCUGUGCGUAACGUGGCACCUCAUCCAAUCAUCCUUAAGGUGAUCCUGGAAACAUCUCAACUAUCUCCACGCGAAAUAAUAGCUGGAUGCAAGAUAGCGGAGGCAGCAGGGGCCGAUUAUGUGAAGACUAGCACUGGAUUCAACGGCCAAGGUGCAACUCAAGAGAACGUCAGACUGAUGAAGAGCGUUGUGGGAGACACGAUAAAAGUCAAGGCAAGUGGCGGCGUGAAGACGGUGAAUGAGUGCGUGGUCAUGAUGGAAGCUGGUGCAGAGAGAAUCGGCACGAGCAAUGGAGUAUGGAUCAUGGAUGAAGCAAAGGGUUUGCUCGAGCAGGUAACCCAUGCUGCUGCAACUGGGGAACUGAAAGGCCAGAGGCCAGCAUCAUCGUUAACGCGGAUGUUCAGUUCUUCAUGA